AUGUCGGGUCUCAUGCCCGAUGUGCACGACUCUGCGGAUAUCCCCGCAGAGCCUCAUCUACAGUCACGGUUGGUGUUGGCUUCUCAAGCUCAUAACAAGAGCGAUAAUGCUGAUAACGGCGCCUUUCUUUGUUUGCCGAAAACAGAACAGGUUUCAAGUCUUGAUUCUAAGUUCGAAGACCAUCCGGUACUCCAUGCCAGUCGCAGUAUUCCUACCUCCUCGAACGACGACGACGGUCGCGUGGCCACCGAGGAUGAAGUGCGUGAUCUCCUCCAUGUCGUUGACAAAAUUCCCGGUCGGGUAUGGGUAGCAUGUAUUGCGGGUAUCCUGGAACGCUUUGUCUGGUACGGGGCGACCGCUCCUCUACAGAACUACCUGCAAAAUGCACCCGGGGGUGAGGUUCCCGGAGCACUGGGAUUGCACCAGGCCACUGCAUCGAACAUUGUAAACGCACUCUUCAUUGCGUCAUAUAUCACGCCUGUGCCUGCUGCCGUUGUUGCCGACAGCUGGCUGGGCCGCUACAAGACCAUGAUAUACUCUGCUAUCAUCGAGGCAAUCGGCGCAUCAAUUAUAUUUGGGACGUCCCUGCCCGUCGCCAUUCAUGAGGGAGCUGCUUUGGGCGGAGUAAUCGCUGCCUGUAUCCUGAUGGCCCUUGGAUCAGGGGCAUUCAAUGCUACCGUGGUCCCAUUCAUUGCCGACCAAUAUGACGAGGAGGAGUUUCGGAUUGGGAUAGAAAAGGGAAAGAGGGUUGUAACUAGCCGGGAGUUGACCAUUACCUAUAUUUACAACGUCUAUUACUGGACUAUCAAUAUUGUGGGGUUUGCGGCCGAUUCUACGCCGUUGUUGGAACGGUAUGUUGGCUUUUGGGUCGCGUACUUGAUUCCAUGCUGCGCUAUGUGGUUAGCCUUGAUCCCGAUUCUCCUUGGGCGCAAGCAUUUUGUCCGGGCUGCGCCAACGAGCAAUAUCAUGUCCCAAGCAUGCACUGCCUUGCGAUACGGGAUCGCCGGUGGCUUCAAGAUGGAUACUGCAAAGCCGGAUGCUCAGCUUUAUCGACACGGUCGUCAGGUUCCCUGGACAGAUUCAUUCAUUGAAGACAUCAAGUUAAGUCUUCUAACUUGCCGAGUAUUGCUUCUGUUCCCGAUCCACUGGCUCUGCUAUAACCAGACUUUCAACAAUUUGAUUUCUCAGGCUGGGCAGAUGGUCACUUACGGUAUUCCGAACGACAUGAUGAAGAUUGCUGGGGCCAUUUCGGGAAUCAUUGUUGCGCCGAUCAUCCAGAAGGGACUCUAUCCUUUCCUCACAAAGAGACGAGUCUCAUUUGGACCGAUCGCACGCAUGACAGUGGGAUUCCUUAUGCUGACGCUCGCUAUGGCUUAUACCACGGUGGUUCAGAAGCUUAUUUACCAGGCUGGGCCAUGCUAUGAUACCCCCCUCGCAUGUGCUGCUGCCAAUGAUCGCACAAUUCCUAACCAGGUAUCGGUAUUUCUCCAAAUCCCCAUCUAUUUCGGUGGAGCGUUGGCGGAGGUUUUCUGCUUUACUACGGGAACCGAGUAUGCUUAUAAUCAGGCCCCGAAAAGUAUGAAAACACUGGUUCAAGCAAUCUGGCUCGCCAUGGGUGGGCUUGGCGCCUGUCUAGCCCUGGCCUUCACCCCGCUCACUAAAGAUCCCCAUAUGGUCACGAUGUAUGCCAUUCUGACCGGGCUUCUGGGUGGGGCGAGCUUCUUGCUGUGGAUUCUAUUCCGGGGCCUGGACAAGGUGAAGGUCAAGGAAGACGUUGAGUAA